UAUAUUACAUUUUUAGUUCUCUUUGCCUUCAUUUACGCAUCCCCUUUCUUAUCUUCAAGACUUCAACCCCCCUUUUCAAUUCCCGGCGGCCGGCGGUCACUAAACCUACCGGCUACCCCUCUCCUCUCUCCGAUUUCAGUUGUUGAAUCGUCAGAUCUGCAAAGAUGAUGCACAUGACCUUCUACUGGGGCAAAAACGUGACCCUUUUGUUCGAUUUCUGGAAAACCGAUUCAUGGACUAGCUACACCCUCACCUUGCUGGCCUGCCUCAUCUUCGCCGUCUUCUACCAGUACAUGGAGGAGCGCCGGCAGCGCUUCAAGCUGAUCUCCUCUCUCAGCGCCAAGAAGGGGGUUCCGCCGCCGUCGUCUCAGGCGAGUCCCAUCGACGCGCCGCUGCUUUACUCGCUCCCGAGCGUGGGUGGGUGGCGGUACGCGGCGAGGUUCGCCGGGGCUGUGCUUUUCGGGGUCAACUCCGCGAUCGGGUACAUGCUGAUGCUGGCCAUCAUGUCGUUCAACGCCGGCGUGCUGAUCGCCGUCGUGGUGGGGCUCUCCGUCGGGUACUUGCUUUUCCGGAGCGGCGGCGAGGAGGAUGUGGUGGUGGUGGAUAAUCCCUGCGCCUGUGCUUGAAAUUUGAUUUGAUGCCUUUUACACUCUCAAUUCCCCACCUUAAUCUAUUAUCGUCAUAUGUGUAUAUAUACAAUAUAUGUUCUGAAUGGAUCUGAAGCUGUUUUUCAUUUUCUAUUUUA